AUGCUGGCUCGGCGAGGAGGACGCGCGUGCGCGCUGCGGAUCGCCAGCGAGCUGCUGCGGCCGUCCGCGACUCACGCGGGAGUCGCUAGCACCCGCGCGUGGGGGGCGUCGUCGUCGCUGUCGGCGUGGAGUCGCUCCAGCUUCGCCUUAUUAGCGUCAGGAUCCCCGUCGACACUUCCGCCGUUCGGCGCGCGCUUUGUGUCGCAGAGCGUCGUCAACUACGAGGAGGAGCAGGACGCCGCGCACCAGCAGCAGCCUCAGGACGAGCCCAAGGAGUCCAAGCGCCGCGAGCACAAGCCGCCGCGCGACACGAGCCUCGUGUCGCUCGAGCGCCUGGAGGACGAGUACAUGACGCGCCUCACGGAGGCGCUGGAGACCACGGACGGCUCGGCCGCCUGGCGCACGGCGCUCGACAUCUUCCGCGAGAUCAAGCACUCGCGCGGCCGCGGGCUGUCGCUCGAGGUCGCGUCCUUCCUCGUGGAGGUGCUGGGCGCGCGCCGCCGCGUGCAGGACUGCAUGCGCGUGCUGGCCUACUCGCGCGAGCAGGGCGUGCGGCCGCGCAUCCAGUCGUACUCGAGCGCCAUCGGCUGCUGCUACAAGGAGGAGCAGUACGCGCACGCGCUGCGCGUGUUCGAGGUCAUGCGCAACGACGGCUACAUCCCGCAGACCGUCACGUACUCGCACGCGCUGUCGUCGGCGCUCAAGGCCGGCCAGCACGAGCUCGUGCUCGAGAUCUUCGACGACAUGAUCAAGAACCGCCUCGACCUCAAUAUCGUCAUCUACAACAACAUCCUCAACAGCUGCGCGCGCGCCGCCGACGUGCAGUCGGCGCUCGGCGUGCUGCGGGCCAUCCGCCAGCGCCGGCUCGAGAUGACGCAGGCCACGUACCAUUCGCUGGCCAUCUGCGCCGGCAAGACGGGCAAGUGGGAACUCGCGCUGGACGCCAUGAGCAUCAUGCAGAAGGAGGGCUUCGAGCCCACGUCCACCAUCUACAACUCGGUCUUCUCGGCGUGCGCCAAGGGCAAGCAGUGGGAGACCGUGGUGGAGGUGUACGAGACGAUGCCCAAAGAGCUGCGCGAGAGUCUGCGCGGAGUGUACCUGGGCGCGGUGAUCAUGGGCCACGCCAAGUCCGAGAGCGAGGAGCUCAAGCUGCGCGGCCUGGACAUCUUUUACAAGUAUAAGGCGCGACGAUCGAAGGACGAGCAGCCCAACUUCUUCGCGUACAACGCCGCUCUCAUCGCGCUGCUGGAGACCAACCAGCUCGAGAAGAUGCACCCCCUCGCCAACGAGAUGAAGAAGCAGGGGAUGAAGUGGGACACCGUGACGUACCAGUGCUUGAUCCUGUCCUACAUCCGCGGCGGCGCCGUGGAGACGGCGGUGCAAAUGCUGCAGAAGAACGCCAAGCGCAUGGGCAAGACCACCAUGUGCUACCGCGAGGCCAUCGAGUUCUACGACGAGAAGCGCAAGAACCCGCGCGAGGCCGUCCGCCUCACGAUGCAGAUGAUGCAGGUGAACAAGCGUCUGAGCCGCCUUGACUGGCACAAUGCGCUGCGCAUCGCGCUGCAGCUGCCGGAGCGCGCGCCGUACUGGAAUUUCCGCAAGUGGAUGGACAUCCGCGCCAAGAGUAUCAUCGACGACGUGCCGCCGCACCUCAUGCUGCCCACGCACGCGGACCAGCACCGCGCGCUCCUGCAAGAAGCCGAGUCGGGCGAGGAGCUUCCCGAGACGAAGCACGUGCAAGACGACUACCACUCGCGCAAACGCAAGCUCAACCGCAGGAACACCGACUUCGACGAAGUAAAGCUCCUCUGGAUCGACUGCCUCGACACCGACCGCACCGUCGUCUACAACCGCGGACCCGAGUACAUCUUCGGCGGAGACAAAGCGAACGGCAUGUGCGCAGGCUACAUGAAGAACUACCCGGGCCGGGGCGACACCGACAUCAACAAUGACAUGACGUUCAAGAUCCUGAUCGCCGACGUGGCCAAGAACGCAGCGGUGUGCACGACCGCAGCCUGGGACUAUUCAGGUUGGCGGCAUCGCCUCUCGUUGACCGCCGGCUCCACCUUCUACUUCGGCUACACGUCCAAUGGCCACAUCGUCAAGGAGCACGCGGCAGGCAAGACCUUCUACGGCGUGUACUGGACGGGUGUCCCCGGCACAAGUCUGCAGACGACGUUCGACCUGACCUCGGACAAGCUCAUCGACGGCCAGCUCCACAACUUUGACGACGGCAACUGCGGUGAAGCGUACAGCGACGAAGCUCAGACGAUUCCGUCGGGACGUGCUGGAGGCGGAUACCCGUGCAUUGGCACGUGCACGAUGCCUGUUGGCACUGCUCCUGGGGUGUACAACCUCGUUUGGUUCUGGAAGUUCUACGAUGCCGACACCAACACGUCAAUCCCCACGAGCAGCGGAAUCUACGGAGGCGCCGCUUACACGAGCUGCUUCCAAGUCGAGGUCACUGCUUAG